AUUAUUAUUACCAUCAAAAGGUGUAGGUGUGCGUGUGCAAAGUAUGGCGUCAAGCACCUCGAAUGAUGAUGGUAAUAGUUUAGAUUUUGCAGAUAUUAAUUCAGAUGGUUCUGACUGGACUGAACAAUCUGAAUAUGAUAAAAGUGACGAAAAUGAUUUUUCCUGUGAUUACAGACGCAACGUAAACUUUGUGUCCAAACUAAUUAGUAGACAGAUACAUGGAAGGUUUACAAAUCAUCCUCGAAGCAAGACUGAACCCUUUUUUAGAGAUGUAUAUUGCAAUUGUCGAUUUAAAUUAGAUCAUAUUAUUCCCAAGGGAGUACUGAACCAUAUUUUUAUGGGAUUCUCCCUGUGUGGAAAAUUCUUCUUUAGUUAUUCUGGAACACCAAGUGACAGUGAAACAACGGGCCCUAUGAAUUUAUUUCCAACUGUAGAAUAUGAAGUAUUUAUUUGGAGCUUUGUACCUGGACAGAAAUUGAGGUUGAUUUCCAAACAUCGAAUCUUUAAGCUUUUCAAAAGUGUAGGAGAAUUAAGGAAAGUUAGUUUUAUGCAAUUUCCUUCGGAUCCAUGUAAAUUAAUUUGCUAUGGAACAGGGUCUCAAACACCAGAAAUGGCGUUCCUUACCAUUUUAACUUUACCAUUCCCAAAAAAUUGUAGAAACUGCAAAGAGAAUUUGUCCUUAGGCAGAGACUGUCCUUCCCAUGUGACAGAAGGCUGGUGCUUGAAGCAUGGUUUUAUCCUACACUACAUGUUUUCUUUGGCUCAUCCAAGCCCUCCUUUUGAUCCACACAUUUCCCUGGCUUAUCCUGACCACAUAGUUAUAAACACAGGCCAUUAUGUCCAUAUUUUAAACGUCUCGACAUAUAAACCCCCGCAACGUACAGUAAUGUCUUUUAAUAACGAGAAAUUCGAAGAAAACAAGAUGACUCCACAUACAAACCUGUCUAGUAGUUUUCCGGAUACACUCAGCGAUCUGUCGGAGUCGCCGAGCGAACUAUUUUCUAAUCAUAGCAUUGUGGAUAUGAUUUUGGAAGAUUUUAGCGAAUACGACUUAGAAGAUUCAUUAAAUAAGUCUCACACUGGACUGCUUAUCAUCGACUCAAAGACUAAUGCCGAUAAACCAAGAUGGAUUAAAAAGGUUGUGAGAAGGUAUAGCAGCGUGGAUUUUGAAAACAGUUCCCUCGUUUCGGGACAAAGCAGAGAUGAUUACAAUAUUCCUAUCGAGAUACCUCUUCUAGUUCAGACAUUAACUGAACAACACUUGGACGUUGUACCUGAAUUUAAAAGUGAUCAAAUAACCGAAACUCAGUUGAUCGUCACGCAAAGGACAUUCGAUUGUGAACAAUUUGUUCAAGGGCGAGCGCAAAAACUUUGUAUUGACGCCCAACUUGAAUUUUCGCAUUGUGAAGACUACGACGUGAGAAUUGUGCACAUAUGCCCUCUAAACGGUCAUAUAGUUUGUAAAGCACUGAUAAAAAUAGGAGCAAUACAAACGUCGGAAAGCUGCGGAAAACCUCGCUUGUACUUAUCGAAUUGCCUUUUCUCAUGGAACAUCUCAUCUGACUCUUUCGAUAUAAUUGAGUCAGUGGAACACUCGAAACUUCAACCAUCUACAAAGAAAAUCAACUUGCCAGAACUCGUGAUUCCUAACAUAGUUCAUAAAAAGGUGCACAUAAUGGACCACUUGAAUACAUCCAAAUGCAGUCUCAGGGAUUACAAUAAUUGUUUUGAAAUAUGCAUGGACAAUAAGUUCUUCUGUAAGUAUUUUAUAAUUGUCUUCUAUAUACAGAAAGACCAAUAUUUGGAUUCUGCUUGA